UCUUAAAAUUCCCUAUCGUAGAGAUUUGCAUUGAAGUUAUUCAUUCAUAACUAGAUAAACAACUUGUUGACAUAAUUUGUAAUAUUCUUGAUAUCCUAAAAUUGAAGUGUCCAACGGUCAUGUAGGACGUGAGGUUGAGUAAGAUAUGCAACCAAGACUGGUCCGAAACGGAACUUUGACUUCCACCGUGGAUCAGUCUCCUCCUGUACACUCGCAGGUCAGAGCGGAAUGGCCAAACGUUAGUGAUCCGACAGGGGGCAUCAGCAGCGGCGAAGAAUUACCUGACCAACUCGGCGUGCCUAACGAAAGUGGCUCCUCCACGCACAGGGGAUCGCUGAGAUCUCUGCGGCCCACCAAGUUCUCGCCGCCCCCAAAGCCGCCGACCUUCAUCUCCAACAAUGUACUUCUGACGAUUUUGUUUAUUUUCGUCGUGAUUCUGGUCAUAGCGCUUAUAGUGACAUUCACCGUGUUUGAAUGACAGAUACAACAGAAACAGUGACAACAAGACGAACUCUGUAGGCAUGCUAGUUCGAAAGAUUUAAAUUACGAAACAUUAAAAAAAAAAUGAUGAGAGUGUCACCUAAUGUAAUCGUUCGUUAUGUCUAAAUGACCGCACACAUAAAGGAUUUAAAAAAUAAAGUCUAUUUGGUAAAUAAAAUAAUGAGAUAAA